GAUAGUGUAAUGUGUAAGGAAAAAAGGAAGGGAGGGAGUUAGAAAGAGACUGAUGAGGGAGGGAAGAAGCGAAGUAGAAAGUAGAGAAAAAAUUUUUUCUUCCUCUCUGUUUAUCUUCAGCAUGGAGAAACGUGAUUCAGUCAUGGUUGUGUCUGUAAUUGUGUCGUUCCUCAUCCUCAUCCCCCUGACACACUCCGUGCCUCAGUCGCCAUGUCGCCACUGUUGUGAUGAUGAUUUUCUGCCAGACGAGGCUCCCACAACACUACCACCAGACACGCCGGCCAUGCCUGAAAUACGCACGUACAUCAAUAUGACCAUUCUCAAAGGUGAUAAAGGAGAAAAGGGAGAAAAGGGAACACCAGGAAAGCCUGGAUUAGAAGGUCCUCCUGGAGCACAAGGUCCUGAAGGCCCCAAAGGCUCCAAAGGUCAAGCUGGAGCACCUGGAGCUUCAUGCAAGUCAGAACACUCUACAUUCUCAGUGGGUCGACGCAAAGGCCUCCACAGCACCGACUCCUAUCAGGUGCUUCUGUUUGACACCGUCUUCGUCAACAUGCCCGGCCAUUUCGACAUGUUCUCCGGCAAGUUCCGCUGCAGCAUUCCAGGUGUCUACUUCUUCAAUGUGAACGUGCACACGUGGAACUUCAAGGAGACCUACGUGCACAUCAUGCAGAAUGAGGAGGAGCGCUCUCUGGUGUACACUCAGCCUGGACAGCGCUCCAUCAUGCAGAGCCAGAGCAUCCUGCUGACCCUCGAGCUCAGCGACGAGGUGUGGGUGCGUCUGUACAAGCGCGAGCGCGAGAAUGCCGUCUACAGCGACGAUGUGGACAUCUACAUCACGUUCAACGGGUACCUCAUCAAAUCGAACGCGGACUGAGAGAAUCAGGACUACGAGGGGUGAUCAUGUGAAGUUACUGUUACCACUCGGAAGUUCCCAAAUGUUUUAUUCCUCUUAUACCACAGCAAUUUGCCAACGAUUACAAUUUUUUAAUUUAUUUAAAAAGUCAUAUUUUUUAUCCAUAUAGUUAAUAGUUAUAUUUAACGUUUUAGGACACCCACGAAACAAGUGAGUUCCUGUUCUCACUUAAAGUUAUAGCAGCUGUAAACAUUCAAAAGUCAUUCCCUCACCAGCCUCUCUUUAUUCUCUCUCUUAAAGUUAAAAAAGUUCCAGCUUUACCUCUGACUGUUACAAAGCGCUGACACUGGAGACUCCUUCCAUCAAUGUUAAUUAAACGUCUCCUUACAGAAAACUUCACCAUAUCAACAAUAACACAUUUUUUAAUUGAGAAUUCGCCCUGUGAAUGAGCUGUUACUAUAGAAACGAUAACAUAUUAGAACACACACAUUAACAUAAGCUUGUGAUUUACAGCCUUUUAUUCUGAUCUUGGAUCAGUUUUUUUUUCUUUAUGUCUCCUAAUAAUACAAUCUAAGAAGGAAAAAUAUUACAUCAGUGCUUUCAGCAUAAACCUAAAAAUAAGGACUGACUGUUGAAUUAAUAUCUCCAGCUUAAUCAACUCCAACCUCAUAAACCUCACUCGUGUACAUCUGCCGCAGAGACGUGAUGGUACCCUGUGAUAAGGAAAUCGGAAAUUGUUAUUCUGUUAACAGCGCAAUACCACACACACACACACACACACACACACACACAUAUACACACAUACUUGAGCUGUUUAAUAAACCCUUUUUUCAUUAGAGUACUGAGUUCUGAGAUCAGCUCAUGUCUGUAUGAGUAACUGGACUGAUUCAAAGUUAAAAUAAAACAUCUGUAAACAUGAGCGAACCUUCGCCAUGUGGCUGGGACAUGAUUUCAGAUAUCAGAAAGGGUUUCUAUAAGAAGUAGUGAAUGUUUCAUUAUUCAGUUAACCAGUAUGAUGAGGUGCGGUGUGGAUAAGGCUGAGUUUAGCAUGCUGAGAGUGUUUUACUCGAAAUAAAAUAAGCGAGCUCUAUAUGCUAAGGUUCUUGUAAAGAUAAUAUUAAGGAUAAUGAAUAUUAUACAACCAAAUGGAAAUGUAGCGUAUUAAAUGGUUGGAUGUGAAAACUGUAGUACACAACACACACUUGACAAAACCUUCUAUCUCCCCCAAAAACCAUUUCAGAGUGUGUGUGUGUGUGUGUGUGUGUGUGUGUGUUAGCUUCGGGUCAUAAACCUUUUUACUGUUCUUAGUGACUUCCAUCAUUAAAUUUUCUCAAGCUCUGAAAGUCUUUUUUAUGCAAUGAAUGGGGAUGAAAAACAAUAAUUUGAUUUUAAUGGUAUAAUUGUGAAAUCAAUAUGCAUAUCAGUACACUGAUCUCUCUCUCUCUCUCUCUCUCUCUCUCUCUCUCUCUCUGUGUGUGUGUGUGUGUGUGUGCAUAUGUGCUGAUAAACAGUGAACAGGAUGUGUGUGGUUUCCCUACUUUAGGCCCCUGAAAGUGAAACAGUAAAGGAGCUACGGUAAAGAAAGUUGAACUUAGUAUAACAAAAAAAAGCAUGUUAUACUUUAUAUUUUGAUUUAAAUCUAAUUCUAAAAUGUAAUUAAUUUUAAGACUCUUUUACACACACACUCUGGUUCAGGGCAGGGCAUGAUGUUUCAUCAUAAAACUGUUUGAGAGUGAGUUGCAAUAUUUUUUGUGUUACAACAUCCUGUGCAACGUUGCAGGUUCGUUCUUUAACUGGGAUUUCUUAACGGUGCUAAAAUAAAAUAAGGUGCUUAAAUAUUUCAAAUAAAUAACUUGACUGCAAAUUGGUGAUAAAAUGCUUUGCAUUUUAAUGUUUUUGUUUGUUUGUUUGUCUGUUUGUUUGUUUUAAUGCUUUUGUAUGUUGUUCAAUAUUAUAAUCGAAAAAGAAAAAAGUUUAUAAUAAAAAUUUCUGAAGGCAAUCAGACUGGCAGUGAAUGAGAUUUACGGCGAGAAAGCACAACACAUAAGGAAUAAACCACUGUGUGUGGUGCUGUUUGAGGAAAAUAAUCAACGACAGGGUGGUGUGAUGAAGCAGAGUCACUGUUACAAUGCUGUAGCUGAUUAUUUUCCUAUAACUGCAUGUUCCCAAGUGUUUUAUUCUUCUUAUACCAUGGAAAUUUGUCAACAAUUACAUUUUUUUUUUAUUUUUAAUGAAUGAAACAUCACAUUUUAUCCAUUUAUAGUUACAAA